GCUUCGCCAUGUUAUCGAGGAAACGAUUCACAUCAUCGCCGGUCCCUGGCAAGAAUAACAUCAACGGCUAGGCGUUAAGAACGCUUCCAUCAACAAAUUCAACCUCGAUCUUUUCAUUCGUUAGCUUAAAAUACGCGCUGUCACCGGCUAGCGAGACGGCUGGUCGAAACGGUUUUUGAUUUUUUUCCCUAUUGAUCCGAAGGCCAAAGCGGCUGCCAUGGAUUUUUAAGGCAUAAUGCGGCACCUGUAAUGCAAUGGCAAUGCAUAGUGCAAGGCAAAAUCAACUGCGAAAUUCCAUCUUCGCAACUGCCAAGCAGUUGGGCUCCAAUACCGUCCGCGGUAUACCUGCGAGCCAGCCGGUACCCCUGCUCCUGGACCGGAGGAAGCUAACGCUAAUAAGCUAGUCGUCUUAAGCUAGCAACAUCAAGUGAAAGAGGAGUGAUCCAUCGAUUCAUCUGAACGUCAUCAACACUACUACCUAUCAAAAAUGAAGCCUCAAGAUAUCAUCGCCUCGAAGACCAGCCUGUGGAUCUUCGGGUACGGGUCACUGGUGUGGAAGCCUGACUUCAAGUACAAGAGGAGCAAGGUCGGUUACAUUCAAGGCUACAAGAGACGUUUCUGGCAUGGAGACAACUUUCAUCGCGGCAAUGACGAGAUGCCCGGAAGAGUGGUGACGCUGAUUGAAGAUGAUGACGCGAGCACUUGGGGCGUGGCGUUCGAGGUGACGGGCUCUCAAGUCGAGGAGUCCCUUAAGUACCUGGACGUGCGCGAGACGGUCUGCGGGGGCUACAUCACCAAAAUGGUGGAUUUCUUCCCCCAGGGGGAAGACCAGUCACCAGUCCAGGCGCUGGUAUACAUCGCCACCUCCGACAACCCCCUGUACCUAGGGCCUGCCAGCCCAGAGGUGAUCGGUGCCCAGAUCGCGCUGUGCAGAGGGAAGACGGGCUACAACCUGGAGUACCUGCUCCGGCUGGCCCAGUUCAUGAGGAGCAGCUGCCCACAUGUGGAAGACCAGCACCUGUUCUCCAUCGAGGCAGCAGCACUGACCAUGGUGUCCUAUCUGUUAGCAGCCAGUAGCUCGUACCCUUUGUCUCACUAGCUUGUAGGGGACGAAAACGCAGCAAACACACACAUUUACACACACACACACACAACACUGAGGCUUUUCAUCUGUCAUGCCAGUCAACCUAUGUUUUUAUGUUGUCAAAUCUAACACUACAAUCCAGUGCAGUUGAAUACAUUGAAUGCCACUGGAGUGAUAAGAAAUCAAAAGCAUGAUACUGUGUGGUGUUGUUUUUUUUUCUUUUUUUUUUUUUAAGACCCUCAUGUUCAAAUUGUAACGUCAGACCUGGUACAUGUUUGUACAUCUGUGAAAAGUGUGACCACUGACUGUAUCUGUUCUUAAAAGACGCAUUAACAUUUUUUAAUUUGCACAAUUUAGACUCCGUCCAGUUCAUUCAGACGGCAGAGCAUUGCAUUGUGGUAAUUGAACAUGUUUGAAAUUCACCAAAUGGCUGCUGUGAUGCACUAAAUAGGUGUAAGACCUGUUUUUCCAUCCAGUGUUAAAGCAAAUCCCAAUUAAAUGGUUAAAAGAACUUUUUUUUUGUCACUGUUGUUUGAGCCUUACAGUAACUCUGUCUUCUCAGGAACAUGAGCUAAUAAACAUGGUGCCAGCCA